AUGGCAGAAUCCAGUGAAGAAGAGGAGCGCACUGAACGGCAGCGGUUCCAUUGUGCUAAGAUAGAAAAUGUCCCUCAGGAAAUUCAAGAGGCCAUACACUACUAUUGCUGUAAGAUGGAAGAGCUUUCCCAGGAGCCAAGAGGGCCCUCAGGCGUACGUUGCUACACUCUGGAUGAGGACUCUGAAGAGGAAGAAGGUAGUUCAGACAUGCCUGGACCAUCCACGACCAGAGACGAAGAAGGUCCCAGCCUGAAAGAGAGGAAGAGGACUGCUUGUGAAGCUAAAGGUGGUGCAACCGAUGAGUUGCAAAAAGUGGCCAAGAAGAUAAGAACAUUCAUUCAGCAGAAUUCAGAAAGACGUAAAGCGGGCAAGAAGUCAGAUGUGAUAAUUUUGCAUCGGAGGAUUAGUAAAAACAGGGAUGAAGAUAAACCGCAUGAGGAGGAAGAGAGCCAGGAGGAUUCCACCACCUCUAGUGGCAGCAUCACUUCAAGUGAUACUGAGAACCCUGUAGAAGACCAAGACCUAUCUCAUCUCUAG